UGUUAAUGGUUGUGUAACGGUGCUGAAUUUUUUACCUAACGCGCGCUCAACUUUGUGUUGAUUUACUAUAUGUAUGUAUAUAAGACUGUUACUCAGAAUACAUACAUAUAUAAAAGCAUAAGGCCAGUAAAAUUACCGAAGUUGAAGGUGGAAAUAAGUUUGUGGUUGAAUUUAAAGCUGAAGAAAGUAAUAUAAAUAAUUGUGGUACUAUUUUUGUAUAAAAUGUGAAAUGUUAAAAAAUAUAACUAUAAUCUGCAAAGGAAUCGAAAAAUUUCUAAAGAUUUCGAGAGAUAUUAUCAGAAAAAAAAAUAUUUCUUUGAAUAUGAAAUUGAAGGGAAAUUUCUGUAGCAAAAACGAAGUCUAAAGAUUUUGUGAAUAAAAGGCAAAAAGGAGCUUAAAUACAAAUAAAAACCAAACCGAAUCUAUUUACAUAUAUAACAAAGUUUUACAAUUUUACAAUAUAUGAAACAGAAAUUUCGUAUAUUUCUUCAAGAGUGUAUAAUAAUAGAAAAAUGCAAUGAAAUUAUAAAAAUAAUAAGGGCAAAAUAUGCAACUGAUUGUUAUAGUCUAUUUGUCUAAUGUUCUAAUGAUUCGAAAAUUAAACCCUAAAAUAUACAAACCAAGCGAACGUGGCAGCUGUUUUAAGGUAACAUUUUCGUUGCAAUGAAGCAGCAGACAAGUGAGUUACCAUAAUAGUGGAUGAAAAUAAAUGCAUAUAAUUGUAACAAUUGCGGCAAUAAUAAAAUUGAUGCUCCAAAUAUCGUGAAAAUAGAAAAACUGCCUGCGACGCGAACAUGAUUGCCUUUGUACAGCGUAGGAUGCGAACGAUGCUUGCUAAAGCGGCGAGAACGAUAGUGAAAACAACAACGACAAAUACUACUAAUAUUGUGCCGCAGCCAACGUUUAUAAUUAAAAUGAAGCGAAAAAGUAAAAUAACAAAAUUUUUGUUGUUAAUUACCGCAAUUUUUAUUAACAGCUUCUGGUCGCGGCUUGGCGAUGGCGGAGAUGCUGGUGGUAGUUUACUGCCGCUUGUCUAUGGUACGCAUAUGACCGUCACAGCUGGUGAUGCCAUCGCACACACGUUCACCAUCGAAAUGCGUGACCAAAACCACUAUCAUUACGGAGGUGGAGGAGGCGGAAGAGACAGUAGUAGCAGUUUAGAAAAUAUGGAUUUGGAGAAUAUGGAUAUGAAUGGCUUUGAUCGUGAUGCCGGCGUUAAUGGUGAACCAGAGGAGUCAGAGGAGCGUGAUCAUAUAGCGCAUCAUUUUGAGAUGAAACAUCACGAAGAGUUGCUCGAGGAUAUAAGAGAUGACGCAUCUACGAAUUUAUUGCCUGACAAAGAUUUACCAAAGUUUGGUGAGCCAUUACCAAAUGUCACGGUACCAGUGGGGCGAGAGGCGGCACUACAAUGUGUUGUCGAUAAUCUGCAAACCUACAAAGUUGCGUGGCUGCGCGUCGACACACAAACAAUACUGACGAUACAAAAUCACGUUAUAACGAAAAACCACCGAAUGAGCAUAACCCAUUCAGAGAAACGUUCUUGGAUAUUGAGAAUACGUGACGUCAAGGAAGCGGACAAAGGCUGGUACAUGUGUCAGAUAAAUACGGAUCCGAUGAAAAGUCAAGUUGGUUACCUGGAUGUUGUGGGUGAGUACGACAAACAUAAUUGA